CAGACACGCACACACUGGGCAGAAGGUGAGACAGAGAAGCAGACGGGCGGGAGGCUAGCGGAAAAGGAAGGACGCAAGGACAGACCCAAACACAAGCUCGGACACAGAAAGGGGAGGCAGCCGCAGAUGAAUAAGGACGAGAUGCUUGCACCAUCUGCGCCGCGUUUGCUCUUCUGAGAGCAGCAACUGAUUUCUUACUAAAUGAUUGGCAUGAAGACUCAUCGGCUCUACAAGAGGAGCGACAUCGUCCGGAGCCGAUGGUUCUUCAGCGUCCCGCCACAUCGGAUCUCUCUGGAAGAGCUCUAAGCCUCUGAAAGCCGAAUCCGCACAGUUCGAGGAAUCAGGGUAAUGCAGACUCCGGCGUCCAUGGUGAUGGGGAUCGUCUUCGCCCCCUUGGGUCUGGUGCUGCUCUUCACCGCUGCCAUCACCCCUCAGUGGAGAGAGGCCCACACGCGUCUGGACUUGGCCGGGCCUGGCUCUGUUCUCCUCAGGACGGUGGUGAAAAGCCACGGUCCCGGGGUCCGCCCGGCAACGACGGACAGUCUGCUGCUGGUCCGCUCUGAUGGGCUAUGGGAGAGUUGUCUGCAGUUGGAGCACUCCGAGCUGAAGCAGUGCUGGCCAGCGGCGGGUCCUUAUCAGAGAGACCGCCGGGUUCGCCUGGCGCAGGGCUUGGUCUUGACAUCCCUGUUCCUGUGCGGCACCGGCAUCCUCCUUGCCUGCAUCGGGGUCCGCUGUUGGACGGAUCUCCCGCUUCGCGGGGUGGCGGCCACGGGCGGGCUCCUGGUGGUGGUAGCUGGGCUGCUCAGCAUGACCGCACUGGUGGUCUACACCCACAACCUGCACAGGCUGGGGACGGAGGACACCCAGAAAGACCUGAACAACACCAGGUUCCCUCAGCUCAGCUUGCGUCCAGCUGGUUCCCUCUACUUUGGAUGGUUGGGUUCGUGCUUACAGGUACUGGGAGGGGGCGCCCUCAUGUUCAGCUUCAAAAGACCGCGAUGCAGAACCUGCCCCGAGUUCGCAGCCUGCCCCGCGUGUCGGCCGUGCUCUGAGAUUCGCAACAAGCCCGACUCCGACAUGUAUGAAGUCAGCUGUUAAAAUGUGAUUGUGAUUUUAAAAUUCAUCUGCAACAGUAAUCCAGUGCAGGGGUUCUCAAACCGUUGGGGUCCAAGGACCACUUUUUAUAUUAGACAAAAGUAUGGCUUGGCUAAAUUAAGUUCCCCCUGUCAGUUUAACAAUGGCAUUUGGCACCAAGAUUCCACAAGGCAGCGCCAAAGCAAUGUUUUCAUAUGGGACAUGACUUUGGCCUGAGCACAAAAACAGCAAAUUGGCAAGAUGCGUUUGCCCCCCCAAACAGAUUGUCUAAUACGCAAAAAUUCAAGAAUGGUGAACUGUGAAUGUUCACUGUAAACUUUACAAAAACAAAGACAUAUUUUGAUGAGAUGAAAAGUCAUACUCUUACAAGAAUAAAGUUAUAUUUGUCCAAGACUAUGACAAGGGAAGAAAAUCAAUAUUUUAACAAGUGAAUUUAAAAAAUACAUAUUUAUUUUAUUCCCGUAAAUUAUGCCGUUUAUUCUGGAAAAGACGCCAAUAUUUUGUCUUAAAAAAAAAAAAGACUGGGACUAGCUUCUCGAAAACAAAUACUCCUUUUGUUCUCCCCUCACAAUACGACUUCAUUCAUGUAAUAAAACACAUUUUGUUCUAAAAUGAUGACUUUAUUCAUGCAGGGAUGUCAGAUUUAUGUGAAAUGGCAGAAUCAUAUCAGAGCUUUUAAUUCGCCCAAACCUAAGAGGGAGGAGUAAUUGGUUUAAUGUUUGCUUAACUGGCACACUGCUCCCAAUAUGUACUGUAGGUAUGCACUUUUUUUGAAAAAAAACAUUAGUCAUAACCUAUUGUAAUUUAGUUUGCGGAGCCCAAGUUACAGCUCGCAGAACCCCGGAGGUCCCUGCAGUUUAAGAACCCCUGAUACAGUGUGUCACGCAAAGACAUUGCUCCAUUGCCUCGCCUAACUGCUGCCAAGUGUGACAAUAAUCACCUUUUUCAGACAGUCACUGCGGUUAUGACUGAUGUAUGAGUAUGUUCUUAUGCCGCCUCUGACAGCCUUGCUUUGUACUGUUAAACUAGAAAAAAAAAAAAAUCAUCACACAGUGUCUGACCAUAAGUACAGGGUGUCUUUGGUUUAUGUCAGUGGUCCGUUUCUUCCCAAAAUUGUACGUAAGGCACUGUUGUCAAUCACUAACCUAUACUAACGCAGUUGUAGUCAUUGUUACAGUAAAUAUUGGUAUGAAAAACACUUCAAGGUCAUAAAUACCUGGAUAAAACCUUCCAACGAAAAACUAUAAGUACGGCUGUAACAGCGCGUGCCUUCUUGUGUUUCAUGACCACAGAUUCUUAACCUGGGAUCGCCAUUUGUCGAGACCGCCGUAAACUGUGGAGCCCUCUAUUCAAUGUCAACUUACUUUAAUAGUUGUUUAAGACUGGAUUUACAGUACAAUGCUAGGGACAAUUCCCCCCCCCCAAAAAAAAAAACAAAAAAAAAACAUUUACAACUGCCUAUUGCCACAUGAUGGCACCAAAGCACUACUUUUAUAAAAGACAGGGCUUUGGCUUGAGGUCAGAAACAGCAUGUUUUUCAGAAAAUAUAGACAGGGUUCGAAACGAAAUCCACAAAUAGGUGAUUUUACAAGUAGCAACUAUAUCCAAGGAACCAUGCACACGGCUCAAGAGACACAACCCUGAUUUGUUUGCUCCCGAAGAACAAAUGUUUAAAAUCAGACAUCCUUAGAUCGCACAUGUAAUGAUUUAUGAUCGUAAAUAUUGAACAGGUGUAACACUUACAAUUGUUGGCCCUGACCGUUUUCCAAGAGUUAGAAAAAAAAACACUUAACCGACCCCACACCACAGGAUAAUCAUUCAGGAUAAUCUUUUUAGAGACAUCUGAGAACCAGGCCUUUGCUGACUUUAAUCACAAUGGAGGAGAAUAUACUUAUUAUUAUUAUACAAAAACUGUUUCCUUUUUAUUUGAACUGCAGUAGAGGGCAAAGAGAUUCACUGUAAAAAUGAAGAAGAAGAAAAUUGGGCACAGUGUAAAUCCAGCCUUAGUCACUAGAAUCUUUUUUGUCCAUUUGUUUGCAGCAAAAAAAAAAAAAAAAAAGUUUUCUUAAAAGCUCAGUCCACC